AAAGACGCGCGCAGCAGGGGCGGGACUGGAGAGCGGCCCUGCGCGCGGAUCUCGCGAGAGCGUUAGAGGGCGGAAGCGCUAUUCGAGCAGGAUGAGGUUCGUGGUUGCGUUAGUCCUCCUGAGCGUCGCAGCGGCUGGAGCCGCGCCGUUCUCGGACACCGCAAGUGUCAAGAAAGAGGAAGCUGGAGUUCGGCCUUCUACAGAAAACGUCUCUACUUACCCCACCUUGAGCCAACGGCCUGGAGGCUCUACCAGGUCGGAUUCGGAGCCGCACACUUCAGUAGACAGCCCUAGCAGGUUGGAUUCAGAGCCGCAGACUUCAAAAGACAGCCCUAGCAAGUCGGGUGCGGAGGCGCAGACCCCAGAAGACAACCCCAACAAGUCGGGUGCGGAGGCAAAGACCCAAAAAGACAGCUCUAGCAAGUCAGGUUCGGAGGCUCAGAUCACAAAAGACAGCUCCAGCAAGUCGGGUGCGGAGGCAAAGACCCAAAAAGACAGCUCUAGCAAGUCAGGUUCGGAGGCUCAGAUCACAAAAGACAGCUCCAGCAAGUCGGGUGCGGAGGCAAAGACCCAAAAAGACAGCCCUAGCAAGUCGGGUUCGGAGGCGCAAACCACGAAAGACAGCACUAGCAAAUCGGGUGCGGAGGCGCAAACCACGAAAGACAGCACUAGCAAAUCGGGUGCGGAGGCGCCGACCCCACAAGACGUCCCUAAUAAGUCGGGUGCCGACGGCUCUAGCAAGUCGGGUGCGGAGGAUCAGAUCCCAAAAGACGUCCCUAGCAAGUCAGGUGCAGAGAAGCAGACUCCAAAAGACGCCUCUAACAAGUCCGGUGCAGAGGAGCAGGGCCCAAUAGACGGGUCUAGCAAGUCAGGUGCGGAGGAGCAGACCCCAAAAGACGGCCCUAGCAAGGUGGUUCCAGAGCAGCCUUCCAGGAAAGACCAUUCCAAGCCCGUCUCCAACCCUUCUGAUAACAAGGAGCUCCCCAAGGCGGACACAAACCAGUUAGCUGACAAAGGGAAGCUUUCUCCUCAUGCUUUCAAAACCGAAUCUGGGGAGGACACUGACCUCAUUUCUUCCCCGCAGGAGGAAAUUAAGUCUUCAGAGCCUACUGAGGAUGUGGAGCCCAAAGAGGCUGAAGAUGAUGAUACAGGACCCGAGGAGGGCUCACCGCCCAAAGAAGAGAAAGAAAAGAUGUCCAGUUCUGCCUCCAGUGAAAACCGUGAAGGAACACUUUUGGAUUCCAGGGGUAGCGAGAAGGAUGACGGUUAUGGGGAGAGUUCUGGAAGUGCCAGCGCGGAGAGCAGCCACUUCUUUGCAUAUCUGGUGACUGCAGCCAUUCUUGUGGCAGUCCUCUAUAUCGCUCAUCACAACAAGCGGAAGAUCAUUGCUUUUGUCCUGGAAGGAAAAAGAUCUAAAGUCACCCGGCGGCCAAAGGCCAGUGACUACCAACGCUUGGACCAGAAGUCAUAACAGAAUGGUACAUUCCUCUGGAAAAAGAUGAACGUCACCAAUGGAUUGUGCUGCUCUCGUUUCAGCUUUGAAUUUUUUGUCCUUGAGAACCUUGUCCUCCCUGCUGAUUUGUUUCUAAAUCAAAAGAAAUGAAGAAAAAAGUACUGUGACCUAAGAGACACCCUCCUCUAGGAUUUAGUGACAAGUCUGGGCUGGCAGAGGUAGAGGGUUGCUUUGGGGUUUGCACCUGCACUUUGGUGACAUCGUUCUUCUGUGUUCCCCUUAUUUAUGCUGGUGGCUUCCAUCCAUUCCUCCUCUGAGUGUGAGUGGAGGGCCAUGUGGAAACACGGCUAUGACCAAAGGGAUAUCCCAGUCUGGGCAGGUUGUGCUGCUGACCACCCUCCCUUGGGGCCCGGGCUCUGUAGGAAAGUUGGCCCUUGAUUGUGGCAUUGCACUCUCACUGUUUCUCUCUGCAGACCUAGGGGAAAACUGCAGGUAGAAGUGCUUUUCUACUAAGGCCUCUUACUUUGGGGGGGAUGUGCCCUACAGAAGACAUAGAAGAUGGGGAAAUGCCAACGGGCAAAGAGCUACUUUGAAUACAUAAUUCUCUUCAAAGACUUCAGCAGCAAACCAAAACAGCAGGUUAAAAAAAAAAUGCUUUUCUGGGUGCAAGUCUAACCUGUCUAGCAUGAGAUCUUCUUGAUUUUCUGAUUAUUUUAUAUAACUUGAAACAAAGUGAAUCAGCCUCCACUUGGUUGUGCCGAGCAUAAAACAGAACUUGGGCUUCCUAAUAGGCCACUGUCCCAUCACAGAUUUUUAAAAUAAAUAUGAUUUGAAAUAGUGUGAUCUUUCACACAAUCAUA